UCUAUAAUAAUGUCAACUUUCUCACCUACAGGCGCUUCGGCUAAUAGUACUCCUGCUGGUAACUGGCAAGGUGACUUGCUCGUUAAGCUACUGGUGAGAGAUAGACGAGAAAAAGCAUUUACGGAUUUUGUUGAGUCUUAUAAUUCUCUCGUUCAGAAACUUGGAAAAUUCGCGGAAAGAAAUACAGCAUUGGAGUUAUCAGAAAAGUCUGCAACAGAAAAACAUACAAACCUAUUACGUGAAGUAGACAUUUUAAGAGAGCAAGGGAGUCCAUCAAAUCAAAAGAAAACUGCGGAAUUAGAACAGCAAAUACAAGCUCUCAAAGAAGAACUCGCAGAUUUGUAUAAAACGCGAGGACAAAAUGCUCAGCGUUUAUUAGAUAUGAAUGACGUUUUACGAAGUCAUGAAGAAGCAGCAAAGAAGAAUCAAGAGGAAAUUCGAAGAUUAGCGGAGUUAAAUCAAGCUUUAUCCGCUAAAGUGGACCUUCAUCCUCAAGCUAUUCGUGAAAAAGAAGUUACAAUACAGCUGUUGCAAGAUGAAAAUGCUACUUUGCAAUUGGAAAUAGGAAAAAUUGAUGAGCGUAUGAAAGAUUUAGAAAGAGAAAAUGGUCAACUUUUACAACGUUGGUUGAAAAAGAUGAAUGAAGAAGCUGAGAAAAUGAAUGAAGCAAACCAAUUUUAUGAGAGUGCCCUGGAAGUUCAUGCUAAAGCUUUAGAAUUCCAGAGUGGAGUUGUAAUUGUUGACAAGGAAUUUACUCCAAUGAACAAUGUACCAAAAUCAAUCACAUUUCCAGAAGCUGGUACUGGUACUAUAAGAACACGCGGCAAAGACUUUGGUCCCGUUAUAAUACCGACGGCCGUGAUUAAAAAAAUUACACCACAUGAUGGCGAGAUACAUUCAAUUGCUUCGUCUUAUGAUGGAAGUAUGUUUGCCACGGGCAGUGCGGAUAAAACUAUUAAAAUUUUUGACUCCACAACAGGCCAGGUAAAACAGACGUUGUCGGGAUCAAUACAGUCUAUUAUGCAUGUUUCUUUUAAUAAUACAAACGAAAUGGUCGCUGGCGCUUCAAAUGACAAUGCCGCAAGGUUAUGGCAUUUAAAAACUGGACGGAUAAGGCUUACUUUAACCGGUCAUGUCGGGAAAGUAUACUCUGCUAGAUUUAACGGAGAUUCCACUAAAGUGAUUACAGGCAGUCACGAUCGUACAAUUAAAGUGUGGGAUCUACAAAAAGGAUACUGCAUUCGGACUAUUUUUUCAUUUUCUAGCUGCAAUGAUGUAGUUCCCCUAGAUGAUGAAGGUACGACACUUGUAAGUGGUCAUUUGGACAACAAUUUACGUUUCUGGGAUGUACGAUCUGGCAAGGACAUUAAGGAAUUAACUGGAAUUCAUCUUGGACAAAUUACUUCUGUUUCUGUCUCCCCAGAUGGUGCCAAAGUGUUGACUAAUUCACGUGAUAAUACGCUCAAGAUAGUUGAUCUAAGGACUUACGAUGUUGAACAAACGUUACAUUCUGAUGGAUAUAAAACUGGCGCUAAUUGGGCUAGGGCUUGCUUUAGUCCUGACGGGAGAUAUGUAGCAGCAGGUUCAUUAGAUGGGACAAUUUUCUAUUGGAAUAUCCAAAAGUCAAAGUUAGAAAAGACGACAAAAGAUCAUAUUGCACCUAUAUGUGGUGUAUCUUGGAGUCCACGAGGUGGACAAUUAUUUAGUGCAGAUAAGGAUCGGACAGUUUGUAUUUGGACAGGUGGAUUAAGGUGACCCUGAAGACCUUUUAAUUAUUUGUUGGUAGUUUUUUUUUUAAUAAAAAAAAACCUAGGGUAAAAUAAGUCUACAUCUUAGCUCAGGAAUUGAUUAUAUUAAGGAUUUUUAUUUGGAAAUAUAUAUAUUUUUUUUAAUUGUUAUUUUAUUACGUUUCAAAUUAAUGUUGUAAGAGCAAAAAGGAAGUAAUGUAAUAGAAAAUUACCUUUAAUUGUAAUUAUUAUUUUGAUAAUCACGGUUACGAUUUCAUAAUUAUCAAUCGAUUAACCACACAACAAUCAUACCAGUUUAAUUUAUUAUUUAUUUAUUUGUUUUGUUAAUUAAUUUUCAUUACAUUUUCGUGUAUUAUAGAUGAUGAUUUGAGAAGGAAGACAAUAUUAUUGAUUUUAUUUAAUUGUAACAGUCAUAGAAUUUUUGUAAACCUCGUAUAAAUAAGAAAAAAAAAAAGGAAUUAAGUUAUUACUAUUUAAAUUAUAGAUU